AUGACAUUGUCUCUUCUGCCUACCUCUCCCACAUUGUUAGGGUCCCUGCUUCCCUUUGCCCCUGCCCCGACACCACCCUCAUCUCCCAAAGCACUAGGGGCUGCAGCUAAGGCUCUGAAGGAAAUCAUUCCAAAUAUUGAGAAGGUGAUGAAGUUAAAGCUGGAUCUCUGUCCAGACAUCUCCAGCAUGGUGGAUGGUGAAGGGCUACUCAGUUUUUUCCCCCAAAUAACCCCGGAGCAAAAGGUUCUUCAGACAAAGCACCAAUUUGAAGAGCUACAUGAAUCCCGGGACUCCAGGGCCGAAGCUGUGAAGUUGAGGGCAGUGAUGGUUGCGGCUGAUCGGAGGGAAUAUGAUCGUGUACAACAAGCCAAUUAUCGUGCUAGGAAGCGGACAUUUGAUGGGGAGUCAAGGAAGGACAGUGGGAAAAGGCAUCAAACUGACACUCCAGACACCAUGACAGACCCAGAGUCACAUUCUACUCAGUUGAAUGUUGCUCAAAUUUCUUGUGCUGAGCGUGGAUUGGCAGUCAUCAAACACGAGUUACAUAAGGUGAAGGAACCUCACCGAAGUGGAUGGAAACAGACAAAAGAGGUCAAGGCUGCUGUACGGACCUAUUGGUGGGGCCCUACAUUCUUUUUACUUCUAACAGAGGCUGCAAAGAAAGUUCAUUGGGCAAACCCAUCGAAAAUUGUACAGCAGGCACAACAUACCUCACCUUCACUCUUCAAGAAGCUCACUUCUCAAGUAAUUGGGAGACAUAUCAUCAAAGGGAAAGGGUGGAAUGAGGAUGCUUUGAGGAAGGCAGCACAACGAGAUUCUCCAGGUGGUAAAACAACUUGGUGGGGGAUUUUGGAUGGCUACCCGAAAUCACCGCUGAGAUUACUCAAAAACUUAAGGGCUUGA